GCAGGCGUGCUGACAUUAUUCACUGCCAGGGAGAAAGGUAUACCUGUGUCGCCACCACUGGGUGUGUUGUCCUCACACUCGAGUUAACUAUCCCAAACUCAAAGUGUCCUUGACUCAUCGCGCACAUGGAAAGAAGGAGCAAUUUUAGAUGAUCAAGUAAAAGGAGGACCAAAAUCUAAUUGUGUAAACAACCGAUACAAUUCAGAAAGCAUGGAAACGAACAGGUUUGAAAAUAAAAACAACGGUCUGGAGAAUGAUAGGGACCUCCAGUUCCUCCUGCAGGGGGGAGACCUCCUCAAGGUCCGCUCCUCAUCCUGGAAAAAGACCCGCUACUUCAGACUCAUGGAGGACUGCAAGACCAUGUUCCGGGAAUCAAAGAGAACCUUCAAGACAAGCAAGACCUGUGAGUGCUGCUGCAGUCCCAGCUUCCCACCUUCAUUUUUGGUCGAUGAAAUCUCAGCGGUGCGAAUGGGACGUCAGUCAGAUGGCCUGAAGAAGAACACGGAGGAGAACGUGGAGAGCCGCUGUUUCUCCAUCAUGUUCAAGGGCCGCCGCAAGAACCUGGACCUCAUCGCCAGCUCCGAGGACGAGGCCAGGCAGUGGGUCGACAGCCUGCAGAAAAUACUGUCUAGCUUAAACAACCUCAGCACCCAGGAGAAGACGGAGCAUUGGAUCUUCAGCUGCCUCAGGAAAUCGGACAAGAACAAAGACGAUAAGCUGAGUCUGUCAGAGCUCAAGAACUUUAUGCAUCUGAUUAACAUCGAGGUGGAUGACGACUACGCUGAGAUGCUCUUUGAGAAAUGCGACAAAUCCAAUUCUGGGUACCUGGCCGGAGAGGAGAUCAAACAUUUCUAUGACCUGUUGACUCAUCGGGAGGAAAUAGACGUGAUCUACGGGGAGUACGCUAAAACGUCGGGCUUUAUGAGUCCUCAGAACCUGGUGGACUUCCUGAAGAAAGAACAGAGGGAGGACGCAACGCUGGCUGAUGCACACAACAUAAUCCAGAAGCAUGAGCCAGACGAAAAUGCCAAAGAGAAGAAGCUGCUGUCCAAAGAUGGCUUCCUCAUGUACAUGCACCAUCCAGAGGCCUUGGUCCUCAACCCCGAUCACAGAGAGGUGUACCAGGACAUGGAUCAGCCCCUCAACCACUACUUCAUCUCCUCCUCCCACAACACCUACCUCAUGGAGGAUCAGCUCCAAGGGCCCAGCAGCACGGAGGCUUAUGUCAGGGCUCUGCUGAAGGGCUGCCGCUGUGUGGAGCUGGACUGCUGGGACGGGUCAGAAGGUGAGCCGGAGAUCUACCACGGCUACACACUCACCUCUAAGAUCCUCUUCAAAGAUGCCAUCAAAGCCAUCAAGGAGUAUGCCUUUAAGACGUCCGAUUACCCGGUUAUCCUCUCCUUGGAGAACCACUGCAGUGUGGAGCAGCAGGAAGUCAUGGCCCACCACAUGAGCUCCAUCCUGGGCAGUGCCCUCAUCACCUCCCCCCUGGGGAAUGGCAUGCCCAAAUGCUUUCCAUCUCCAGAGGAGCUGAAGGGAAAGUUCCUGAUCAAAGGAAAGAGGUUAAACAAACUGGAGGCCACUUUUGCUCCUGAUAACACUGAAGAUGACGAAGAGGACGUGACGGAGGAGGAAGAGUCAGACGACGAAGAUCAGGACCAAGAGAAAAAGAAGGAGAAAAAGAAGCUGAAGCUGGCGAAGGCGCUGUCCGACAUGGUGGUCUACUGUAAGAGCGUCCACUUCCACGGCUUCGAGGACGCCAGGCAACACCUGAGCUUCUAUGAGAUGUCGUCCUUCAAGGAGAACAAGGCCUUAGAGCUGGCAGCGGAGUCGGCUAAUGCCUACAUCCAUCACAACGUGGAGAAGCUGAGUCGCAUAUAUCCAGCCGGCUGCAGGACCAACUCCUCCAACUACAGCCCCGUGCCUCUGUGGAGCGCCGGCUGCCAAGUCGUGGCUCUUAACUUCCAGACAACCUGCACAGACAUGGACGUAAACCAGGGCAGAUUCCUGAUUAACGGAAAGAGCGGCUACGUCCUGAAACCGGCCUACAUGAGGGACCCAGCCUCAGAGUUUGACCCCGUCACACUGACCCGAGGAGACUGGCUGCAGCACAAGACGCUCCACAUCAUGGUUAUUUCAGGCCAGCAGCUCCCCAAACUGAGCAAGAAGAAAUCCUCCAUCGUGGACCCGCUGGUGAGGGUGGAGGUGUACGGAGUGCCGGAUGAUAAUGCAGAGGAAAAGACCAAUGCUAUCGAUAACAAUGGUUUUAACCCAGAAUGGAAUGAGAACAUGGAGUUUAACGUGCACGUGCCUGAGCUGGCCCUGGUGCGCUUCACCGUCGAAGACCACGACUCAGCGACUUCUAAUGAGUUUGUGGGGCAGUACACGCUCCCAUUCAACAGCUUAAGAAUGGGAUACAGACAUGUGCCGCUGCUCAAUAAGAACGGAGACGUCCUCCCCUCAGCUGGACUCUUUGUAUACAUCAUGGUGACGGAUGCCAACUGAGAACGUCACCGCCAAAGACCUGCAUCACACAGCCACGUUCCAGCUGCUUUUAAAUGUAUUUUUUAUGCUCCUUAGUUUUAUAGCUUAACUUAUUGGCUUGAUUCCAGUAGUUUUAAUAGCUACUCCAAACAACAAAUCAGUCUACAAAACAAGGGACACAAACUUCAUCUGCAAUCGGACAUCAGUUGGAUUGGUAACAGGGCCGUUUCUAGCUUUUUGGGGGCCCUAUGCAAGAUGCUGUUUGGGGGCCCUAGUUUUGACAGUUUUUUAACUACAAUGGGGGGGAUUCCGAAGCCUUUAAGAUGAUAUGUGGAGAUGCAUCAAUCUGUUACACUUUAAUAGGAAAACAGGCUAAUUUCACGAAAACCAAGCAAUUGAAAAUUACAAAAAAUAAUAUUAAAAAGGUAUAAUAAGGCUCCUCUAUGUCAAUAAAUGCAAGAGAUGCAGUAUUUUCUCAACAAUGUUUAAUUUACAUUUUUCAUCUUCCUCAGACAUCACUCAUUGGCUGUCAGCCAAUGAGUGAUCGUUGGGCUGUCAGCCCAUGAUUUGGACUUUAUUACCCCAAAAACCCAAGCCACAGCUUUGCUAUCAUUGCAGUUUAGUCGUGUUUAUAUCCUACAUUGGAUUUGUAAGCAUAUAAUGCUUCACCGAAC